AAUUCCCCCGGCGCCAGCCCACCCGCCGCCCCGGAAAGCCGGCUUCGGCUUGAAAGCCCCGGACCUGCGCUUGCAAAGAAGUGCCUACGAGGCGAGGAAGCCCCCUUCAACUCGAGUUGCUGGUGGGAGUUAUGUGAAGAAAACCUGCUGGAACAUCCAGAGCCACUGACUUCCCACCUUUUGCCAUGGCCAAAUUAGAGACCCUUUCCGUCCUGAGUGAUGCCAGCUACCGCAGCCAGGAGACCUUCCAUGCCUUCCAUCCCAGAAGCUCCGAAUCCGCCUCGCAGAGCAGCGUGGGCAGCGGCGUCGCACACGAAAUGGACUUCGCCGUGAAGAACCUGGCGGUCACCAGGCCUCAGAACACGCACCAGCCGCUGGACGGGACGCGGAGUAGCUACUCUCUCUCCACGCGUCACGCCGGGGAGGAGAAGGUCUCCGGCUCCAUCUACAUCAACGGGGACUUGCGCAAGUGCGAGAAGGGAAAGAGCGACGUUGGUGGGAACGUGGCGGCCAACAACGAGAAGAACAUGCCUCCGCCGUUGCCCCAGUACAGAGAAGCCAAUAAACCACCAAAGAUAUUGCCAGUCUCUGGGAAACUGGACCAGAAUACUGAGCCCUUAGUUAGACCUUCAGCCUUUAAACCAGUUGUUCCUAAAAACUUCCAUUCCAUGCAAAACCUGUGUCCACCGCAGAGCAACGGCGUCGCCACCGAGAACCGAAAGACUUCAAACCACACGCACAGCAAUAGUCCUGCGCCGGUCAAAAGCGGCCUGGAGAAGGCCAGCCUUAACAGGACUACCAACCCAGGGGUUGGUCUCUCCGAUUCUGGCCGCAACUCUUUAACCAGCUUGCCCACGUACGGCACAGGCUACAGCCAGCAUGUUGGUCCCAUGAGCGCGUCCACCAGUCACAUCAACCGCAUCGGGACCACCUACGGCGAGAAGAACGUUGUGGGAUACAACGGGAUAUCUACCUCAGACAGCGGCCGGUCUUCCACGAAGAGCACCUCUUCCUUCAGCCGACUCAACCAUCUCAACGAAACGAUGCCUUUCCACUCGCCUUCCACGGACGACAUCAUCCAAGACUUGGAGAACCGUCUGUGGGAGAAAGAACAGGAAGUCCUCCAGAUGAGGAGGAACCUGGACAAGAGCGAGGCGGCCAUCUACCAAGUCUUUGAGGAGAAGCAAAAGAUUUGGGAACGGGAGAUGGACGAGCUGAGGCAGAACUACGCCAACAAGCUCCAGCAAGUCUCCAAGAAAGCCCAGCGAGCCCAACAAGCUCUCCAGCUCCAGAUCUUUAAGCUCCAGCAGGAGAAGAAGAAGGUCCAAGAUGACGUCGCUCAACUCCUUCAACAGCGGGAAGAGCUGGAGAAGAAAUUUGUGGCUUUCAAAAAAGAACAGGCCGAGUUUCUUCCCAAGAUUGAAGAGACCAAAUGGGAGGUGUGCCAGAAGGCAGGCGAGAUCUCCCUGCUGAAGCAACAGCUGAAGGAUUCUCAGGCUGACGUGUCCCAAAAGCUCAACGAGAUCGUUGGGCUGCGUACCCAGCUCAAAGAAGGCAAGGGCUUCCUCCGAGAGAAGGAAGAGCAGAUCCUGACGCUCAAGGACUCCUACAGCACCAAAAGCGUUAGCCUCGACUUCUGUGAGAGCGAGCUGCAGCUCAAGAUGGCGGAGGUCCAGAUGCUGAGGGAGAAGCUCAGCCAGUGCGAGCUGGAGGUCUCCAACCUGAAGCAGACCUUGGCUCACCUGGGAGGACACCCCAACCACGUCGCCUCGGAACUGCCCGAGAAGCUCGCCGCCAGGGACCCUUUGGCCUGCGAGAGCGACGAGGCCAAGAUGAAACGCCAGAGCGAGGAGAACCUCAACGCUUUGAGGAGAGAAGUGGAGAGGCUCCAGGCGGAGCUGAAAGCGGAGCGCCAGUUGCGGGAGCAACAGAUUUCGGACUUCGAGGAGGAGCGCUGCACGUGGCAAGAGGAGAAGGAGAAAGUCAUCAAGUACCAGAAGCAGCUGCAGUUGAACUACGUGGAGAUGUACCAGAAGAACCAACUCCUGGAGCACAAGGUGAACGAGAUAGCCAACAAGGCCACCAGCCUCUCCCACGCGGAGGAAAAGAAAACGUGGACUCCCUCCAGACUGGAACGGAUAGAGUCCACAGAAAUCUAAGGAAAGAAACAACGGCAUUUUUUUGGAGUACAAUUAUUUUUUUCUCUUCCUAAUUACGGUGCCUGUAAUUGAGCUGGAGAUCUUCCCAAGUAGAAUAUGUGACAUAACCAGCAGCUUAAAUCUUUUGCACUUGGUCCCCUUCAGAUAUACUUUGG